GAUUUACAUUUGUAUGUUUAGAAAUGCGUGCUUUUAUUUUGAAGAAUUCUUCAUUACCAUAUGAGAGUGACGUCAUUGUUUGCGCUACUAGCGAAUAUUAAUCAUCGUCCCAUUGUUGUUUGAUGAAGCAUAACGUUAGCUGGUUAGCUAACUGAGGACCUACACAAGUCACCAUGGGGAAAGAUCCUAGGAAGCCGAGAGGCAAGAUGUCCUCAUAUGCUUACUUCGUGCAGACCUGCAGGGCGGAGCACAAGAAGAAACAGCCCGAAGCCAGCGUCAACUUCGCCGAGUUCUCCAAGAAAUGCUCAGAGCGAUGGAAGCCCAUGUCUCCUAAAGAAAAAGGAACGUUUGAGGACAUGGCAAAGCAAGACAAGGUCCGCUACGAGAGAGAAAUGAAGAACUACAUCCCACCCAAUGGCCAGAAAAAGAAGAGGUUUAAGGAUCCCAAUGCCCCCAAGAGACCGCCGUCUGCGUUCUUCAUCUUCUGUGCUGACUUCCGGGCCAAGAUAAAGAGCGAGCACCCAGGCCUGUCCAUUGGAGACACUGCUAAGAAGCUGGGAGUGAUGUGGAACAGCUCUGCAGCUGAGGAGAAGAAGCCGUACGAGAAGAAGGCAGCCACGCUGAAGGAGAAAUACGACAAGGAUAUUGCAUCAUACCGCACCAAUGGUAGAGUGGAUACUGCCUCAUCAGCAGCUGCGGAGGACGACGACGACGAAGAUGAUGAGGAGGAUGACGAUGAGGAUGAUGACGAGUAGCCUCCCUGCUGUUGGAGGCUACAUUCUUGUUUAACGCUAUGUAACCCUAUUGUACACACUUUACAUCUCCGAACAGACCCAGACGCAACGAGAACACAUUAAGUGUGUAUAUUUAAUGUUUUAAUGCUCCCUAACCGGUUAAAGGUAACACUACAUGUCUUGUUUUUGUUCUUGUAGUAGCCCUUUUUUCCUGCCCAUGCCUGUAACUGCUUUGGCAGAUUAUAAAUCACUAUGGAAGUAAUAACUUCCCUUUAGGUGUGCAACUCUCAAAUCAGAUUUCUGGGUUGGUAGCGAGUGAAUUAUGUUUAUUCUGUAUUUGUUUUAAAGGAUAUUUUUUCAUAUGUUUGUCACACGGUCUUUGUAUUGUUCUUUGAAUACCACUCUGAUAACAUGCAGCUGACAUUCAGGAAUGUCUUAAAUAAAGGUCUUUUUUAAUAAA